UUUUAUGUCGUAUUUGGAUCCGAAAAGUCGUUGUACGUCAUUGUUUAAACAUGGCGGCUACCGAUAGUAUUCGUGUAGUUGAUGAUGAUUAUGUGAAAAGAAUUCAUAGUAGAACAACAUCAGGCCAUUUGCAUAAGGGUCAUGGCAUUGUUGCAGCGACAGCUUCAAUACCCAGUAAAUAUCAAACUAUUGUGACUGACAAUAGCGACAAGAGAGGAUUCGGGGCACAAGCGAAACGUUUUCAGUCAGAUUUUGCCAUGACAGAUGCACCUGGUCCAGGCAGUUAUGUCAAACAUAAUUCAGUAGAAAACAAUAGUGCUUCCUUUUCAAAGAAAGGAACAGGGGGAUUUGCAUCAAAGUCCAAGAAAGGUUUGAAGUAUGUCGGUACCAGUGCACCUGGACCUGGUGUCUACAGUUUGCCAAAUAUGUUGAGGACACAGAGUGAUUUCAAUCGCUCAGAGGUAGGAAGGCUGUUCCAAAAACCCAUAGCACAAGCAACAGAACUGGAGAAGAAAGAAAAGAGACCAGCACCUAAUCAAUAUCAAGUUUUAAAAGUACAGUUGGGAAAAGCUAAUAACGUGUCGGCAGAUGCAGCGUUUAAAUCAAGAAGUAAAAGAGAGGUUAUCAAUAUAAAAGAUAUAGCCAGAAAUCCUGCACCAGGCCAGUAUACAGUAAAAGAUCAUCUCCAACAUGAAAGUGUGAAAGUUCCAUUUUCUAGUUUCAAAUCAAAAUCAAAGCGACAGAUGCAACCAAGUCCUGUUCCAGUGCCAGGACCUGGUGCAUAUAAACCAAAUGAACCUGUUGAUCCUGCCAAAAAACAACUUUUCCCGAGGAAGCACUACCUGUGUAUCUCUGCCCCCGCCAUGCCCCUACCAGACACGCCGCCCCAGCCUGGACCCGCCGCCUAUGACCUGGUCGACUAUCAGGGUCCUGCCAAACAUUAUAUGUCUAGCUCUGCUUUUGUGUCCACAACCAGUCGAUGGACAGGGAAUGGUCCAACUGGAGAAUUACCUGGGCCAGCUCAUUAUCGACCUGUUGAGCCAAAUAAACAGUCAUUUAUCUACAACGCUGCAGGAAAAUGGAUUUAAUUCUCAGAAGAUGAUUAAGAUUUAUAUUAAUAAUGAGUAAAAAAAGAAGACAAACAGUAUUAAUUUGCUUGAAAUACAACUUUUAAUUAAUGAAGUAUUUAAAAAUCACACACUGGAAAUGAUGUUCAGGAAAUAUAGGAUCUUGCUCCUUGCAAUGUAUUGUCUGCUGGUUGACUGGUAAUUUGCUUGAUGUCAGAUCCAGGCAAAAUGCCAUUUGUUGUGAUCAUCCUUGGAUUUACAGUUGUUUCCAAUGGAAAUCAGAGUAUUAAGAUACAUUGCAUUGGUUUAUUGAACCUUAAAAUGCUGAACGGACAACAAAUCCCAUCUAUUUAAACAAUGGCAUAUUGCUUAUUCUGUUUGUAAUUAUAAUGUUUCUGUUUUAUCAAUGAAAAUAACUUUACCUUUGAGGAACUACAGAAUAGUAUUCAAUAUUUCUGUUUUUGUUCCACUUCCUACUUUCUCCAAGUGUUGAAUGAUGCUAUGAUUUCCGUCCAAGUUGAUCAUGAAAUGCCUUAAUUCUCCCCAUCACCAUUUAUCUAUUACAGGCAUCUGUUACUUACCUGUAUGUGUAUGUGAGAAGUUAAAACUGACUUGUAUGUGUGGUGCUGAUUGAGGAGUGAAUGUCCAAACUAUUGUGAAAUGUCAAUGGUGCCUUCAUACUAUUAGACCCAGGAAUAUUUUGUUUCUGCAUUUUAAUUGAAUUGUUUCAAUAGCCAAUAAGAUGUUUUACCACUUGUACUCUUACCUUAAUAUUUGCUUUUCAAAGCAAGUUAUUUUUGUGAUACAUUAUUGCAUUCUGUGUCAUCUUUUGGCAAGAUUUAUUCUUAUUUUUGUUGAUGUUUUGAUAUAAUAUUGUAUGAAUUAUAUUUGUUUAUAUUCUGUGAUAAAAUCAUGUUUUAAUAAAUCUGUGAAAUAUUGCUAGGAUUUUGUAAUUUAUGAUAAUGUCACUUUAAUCUUUGAAGUUUUACAUAUUUUUUCUUUAAUUAGAAAAAAAAAAUGGUUUCAUAACUUUUUUAAAGUUACAUAAGAGGCAAUUUUGGGUUUAUGUAACCCGGCGUUACGUAAUAUGACACAAUCUGAUCAGGAGUGAUGUUUGCUCAGUUAUAUAUCAGUGUAAACAACAAAGCUAAUUGGGGCCUCCCUGGGGGUUUACGACACUACCUUAUUAUAACACUACCCUAUAGAUAGCGGGCUUUUAGUGCGACAUGCGGAUUAUAGAUUAUUCAAUCAACGCUUUAUAAAAACGCGUUUCAUAACUCAGAAAUUUGAUGUAAAGAUAAUUGGAAUUUACUGCACGUUUCUUAUCAUUACAGUCACAUGUACAGGUUUAUCUCUUGUUUUUAUUUCCGAAAAAGUGACGAGGAUUUUAUAGCUGUCAGUCAUGUGACAUUGCCCAGCUCAAACCACGCUGAUGUAUCCUCAAUUGAAUCUUCUCUCCCCCAUUUGAAAUUCAAAAUAUAAAGCAUCCAAACAGCAAAUCGCGAUGAAAAACCGUUCUAACUGUUUAAAACACAACGCCCUACCAGGGCCCAGACUCGGUUUGUUUCUUAAUGAUUUAACAUGUUUUACUGAAAAUCAAAUUACUAUACGUGUACCUAUAAGCACAAUGUAUUAUUUUGUAUUUAUUUUAAAAGAAGUUUUUUCUAGUAAUUAAAUUGCAGCACAGUAAAUGUUGAUUUUUCUGAAUAGAUUUUCUUUUCCCGAUUAAACUGGUUAUUCUGCAAAUUUCGUACAGAACAAACGAGUAUUUUCUAAGAAAUUAGCAGAAAUCCGGUUUUCCGUUUCGAAAAUUCCAGCCCGUCCCGGGUUUCGCUACCCAUUUUAGUCAUACUCCCUUACCCUAAACCACCCCCAAACCAUGCGCGUCAAACUUAACAUACGUGUUCUGAUGGCAAUGUACACAUUGUAGUUUCAUAAUCUAGGUUUAAAUACAAGAAAUAUGACCAAGUUGGACAAUAUUGACAAGAAAAAAAUUAAAACAAACGAUGCCCGCAUAUAAUGUUGUUCAACCGCUCUGGUUUGAUGUGAGUAACAUCCCGCAUUAAUGCAUGUGGGAAUUUAUUUUGAUGUUAAAAUAUUUAUAGGAAAUGGAACGAGUUGACAAAAAAAUUAUUCACUCACCAUUUUAUAAAAAGCACUCAAGAGUUUUUAGCCACGAUUUCUGAGUCAUUAUAAUAGUUUGGGCAAUACUAGUCUUGGUAUUCAAACAUUCUUUUGGUAAGUAAAUCAAAAUUAUUUGAAAUUAUUAAACAUUUCCCCACAUUAUCUUUUUAGGGGUUAGAUAUCGCAUAGACCGAUUCUUCUAAAGAGAGACGGAUCUGUUCUAUAUCUCAGAGCAGACCGAUUUAGUAUUGUAUAAUUGUGGAGACACCAGACCAUCGUUUGUUUAUUUUAAUCAGAAAAUAGAUGCACCAGCACGAAAACACUUCACAGCUGUGAUCUAGGGGUGCAGUAGCAUCAUACAUGUAUAAAACGGCGAUACAUAUUCGGACGGGUUGAGACAUACUCAUUUGUCCACUUAAGAUUUAGAAAGUGACUAAUAGAAUGUUUAGAUCAUUAAUACCAAUUUUAACAAUGAAAUUUUCAUAAUGACAAAAAGUUGAAAAAUGGACAAAUUUAUUGAGUUACGAACACAAGAAUAUAUCUAUAGGGUGCAUGCUGAGUAAGCACCGGGAACGUCCACGGAGAGAAAAGCUAAUAUCUAGCUCUUAACCAAACACUUGACAUAAAACGAAUGGGUUUCAAAUAUGAACAUCUUAAAAAAAAACCUCAAACUAGUAGCCGUUUACCAACUGUUUGCUGUUCGGA